UGUAUUGCAUCGGUUUUUUCCCUCCGCAUUCCAUGGACUUUGUGUCCAACACUUGACUCAAAAUUUGAAUGAUAAAUACAAGAAUGACACUAUAGCUACUUUGUUUUACAAUGCAUCUAGAACAUACCGUGAAUCAACGUUCUCAGAAGCGUGGAGAAGUAUUCUUGCAUUUCCUAAUGAUUCAGGAAAAUAUUUAAACGAUGUUGGAAUAACACGUUGGUCUCGUUUUCACUGUCCAGGAAGACGAUAUAAUAUGAUGACAACAAAUAUAGCAGAGUCCAUGAAUUCUAUACUGAAAGAACCUAGAGAUUUGCCUAUUGCUUCAUUCCUUGAACAUGUUCGAGCUUUGCUACAACGUUGGUUUUGGGAGCGUCGAGAAGAAGGCAUUAAAGUGACGUCUACAUUGACUAAAUGGGCAGAGUUAGUUCUACAAAAGAAACAAGAACGAGCUUUGACAAUGAAAGUCAACCCAAUUGAUUGUUACCAAUUCCAUGUUAAAGAUUUAGAUAAAGAGGAGGUCAUAAAUCUUCAUACUCAAGAGUGCACUUGUAAGGAGUUUCAAGCUGAGCAACUACCAUGCGCACAUGCCAUUGCUGUUGCACGGGAUCGCAAUAUAAAUGUUUAUAGCUUAUGUGCUAACUAUUACACUAAUGAAUGUUUGUUGGCAGCAUAUUCGGAGGCCGUCUACCCAGUUGGGAAUCAGUCGGAAUGGAAGACAACCGAAGAAUAUGUACAUAUGACUGUCUUACCUCCGAAAGUAGUCAAAAGAGUUGGUCGACCGAAGAAAAAGAGGAUUCCAAGUGUCGGUGAAGCACCAAAAUUGCAUAAAUGUGGUCGAUGUAAAGAAACAGGCCACAAUAGAUUAACGUGUACCAAUCCAAUUUCAUACAUCCAGAAGUCGAGCAUACAAGAUUAGUACCCGUCUUGGUGGAAGAUGCUUAUAAAAUUGUGUCCUGUGUUGUUUGCAAGAUCACUAAAGUCAUCUCACUGACAAUUCUAAGUUGAAGACUUUUCUUCUGCAACUUCAAGACUUUCCUUCUCUUUUUUUUUUAUCCUACAGUGAACUGUUUAUAGAAUAUUUACUCCUUUGGCAUUUCAAGCUUUUUGAGAAAGACUUGAAAUCCUAUUAUGACAAUAUUGUGUGCUUUAGAACUCAAUAAAUGCUCUCCUUUUGCUACUGCAGUAUUAAUGAUGCAAAUCUUGCUGAUUACUUUUAGUUUUUA